AUGUCGUCAGGUCUCAAGAUUGAAAACACAAACAUCAAGACUGCUCCUGGAGUUAGUCUGGAAGAGCAGCAAAAGACUUUGGUGGGAAGUGUGCUUGAUUUGUUUGCCGGUCGCCCCAGUCUGGAGAAGCUGCAGCUUUGGAAGGAUGAAGGUGUCUUUGAGGAUCCCAUUACCAUUGCUGAGGGCAGAAAGCAGUAUGAGGCACAAUGGGUAUGUUGCAGCCUUCUAGGACUUUGUUGUGUCUCGCAUAUGCUGACAUUUUAUUGUAGNUACGGCCUUCAGUCGGCGUUCAGCGAGAUUGAGAGACUGGACCAUGAGGUUACUUCCAGCGGCAACCCCAUCAGCAUGAACAUGAAGACUCGCUACAAGGUCAAGGGUAUUGGCAUGGAGCAGACCAUUUCGUCGGUGGUCAACAUUUUCCACGAGGGCGGCAAGAUUACCAAGGUGCAGGACAAGUGGAACGGCAACUUGCCCGAGGGCGCCAUUGCCAACGCUUUCCGCAACCUCAACUCGGUCACGGUGCCCAAGAUCAUUUCGGUCCCCAAGAACAAGGAGGAGGAUGCCGCAAGAGGCAACUAG